AUGGCGAGGUCUUCCAAGAUGAUGAUGGUGGCGGCGGCGGCUCUGCUAGCCCUGGCCCUGGCCGUGGCGACGACCGCCGAGGCGAGGAACAUCAAGACGACGACGGCGGCGGCGGCGGCGGAGAAGAAGGCGGACAACGACGCGGUGGUGCAGCCGCAGACCUUCCCGCCCUUCGACCGCCUCGGCGGCGGCGGCGCGUCCCCGGCGUUCGGCGGCCUCCCCGGCACCUCCGGCGGCAGCAGCAGUCCCGGGUUCAGCCUGCCCGGCGGCGGCCUCCCAGGGUCGUUCUUCCCCGGCAGCGGCAGCAUGCCCCUCUUCGGCGGCGGCUCCCCGGGCUUCAGCGGCUUCGGUGGCAUGCCUGGCUCCCCCACCACCGGCUCCGUCCCCGAGCACGCCAACAAGCCCUGA